AUAUUAUAUUUUACUCUUUAGAUAUAAAAAGUUGUUUACAAAAUUAUAAAAAAAACAUGCUUCAAGCCUUCUCUGAUUGGUUUUGGAAUUAUAAAUUUUGGUUACCACAAGGCUUUACUUGGGACGACUUAAAAUCAUCAAAUGGCAUCACAAGACCUCAGUUAUCGGACUUGUAUAUUGUACCUGCACUGACCGUUGCACUGCUCGUUAUUAGAUACUUCUUCGAAAGGUACAUUGCGUUGCGUUUUUGUAGGUGUAUAGGUAUUUCCGAAGCUUCGAAUUUACCCGAACCGAAUAACCUGUGCGAAAAUACGUAUUUGUGCGUAACGCGCAAUCCCGACCAGGCGAAGAUCAAGGAAAUAAGCGCGUCGACUGGUUGGACGCAGCAGCGUGUUAGUCGCUGGUUUCGUAAAAGACGGAGCGCAAAAAAGAACACAUUGCUAAGAAAAGCUACCGAGACGUGCUGGAGGUUCUUCAUCUAUCUCGGAUUUUUUGUCUACGGUUGUUACGUGUUGCUUCGAACUGACUGGUUUUAUGAUACACGGAAGUGGAUGGAGGGUUACAUCACCAGUCAGUCCUUAACCGUAGAGAUCAAAUGGUAUUAUUUCAUCGAGUUGGCUUUUUAUCUCUCGCUUCUUAUACAGCAUUUUUACGACACGAAACGGAAAGAUUUUUGGCAACAGUUCGUUCAUCACAUAUGCACUAUCAUCCUAAUCACGGGAUCCUACGUCAUCGCGCAUUUUCGUUUUGGCACGGUUAUUAUGCUUCUACACGAUGCCUCUGAUUAUUGGUUAGAAUCUGCCAAGUUGGCCAACUAUGCAAAAACACAGCGACUGUGUGACGUGCUGUUUGUUAUUUUCGCCAUUACGUUUUAUCUCAGCAGGUGGGUUUACUUUCCGGUUUGGGUGCUGAGGACGUUUAUUAUGGACAACGCAAAAAUAUGUGGACCUCUUCAAUCUUACUUCACUUUCCCUUACAUUUUUCUCUAUUUCUGCUUCAUAUUAAUGAUUCUUCAUUUGUAUUGGGGCUAUUUGAUUGGACGAAUGGUGUACAAGUUCACGGUUGCCGGUAAGGUGGAAAAAGACGACCGUAGUGGCGACAGCGAUGGUAGUGAUUAAAGAUCUUUUGAGUUAUUUGGAUGACAUUUCAAAAAAGUUUAUGUAUAAGAUUGUAUAGCAACAGUCCUAUCAUAUUUUGGGAUUGAUGCGACAUCUAGGAAUAUUUCAAUUUUAUGUUUAUAUUUUGGAAAUUCAGUAGAUUAUAGUUUACCAAACGUUGAUCUAUUUAUUUUCUUUUAGCUAACAAGUUUUAAGUCUAGUAUCAGCUUCAUACCUUAAGCACUCCAGUUUUUGUUCUUGAUUUUUAUUUAAAUACUUUUUAAAUUUUUGUUUGUUUUUUUACACAAGCCAUUCAAAGGAAAGUUCAAACAUCGUACAGUCCAUACUUCCCUUUACCAACGAAAUUAAUAUUACCAUUUUAAAACAACUUCAUGAGAGAUGUGGGCCAAACAAUCAUUUGCAGAAGCUGACACCAGUUUUUUAGUACCAACAAAAUAAAGCAAAGAUUUCAUCUAUUCUUUGAACACUCUUAAUACAGCUAAUAACUUGAUAUAUAUUUUUUCCUAAGUGUUAGUUUGGGAAGAAAUAAAACUAAAUUGAAGACAUUUGAGUUAGUUUUGGACAAAUUUCUUUAAAAACAUCAAUAUAAGGAAGUAGGUUUUACAAUGAAAGUUCUUAGUUGAUUUUUAUUUAAGUUUUUAUAUAAUAUUUGAUUCAAAAGUGAUUAUAUUAACUUCCGUCAAUAAUUUAACUACUCUUUUGUAUGUUAUGUUUGUUAUAAUGAAUGCAAGACUGAAAUAUCAAAUUA